AUGCCACAGCUGAGUGAGGUUAACCUAAGCCACAAUGAGCUGUCAGACGCGCUCCCCCCAGUUUGGAAGCCAUACGUGGAGCUGCGCAUAGAUCUGUCGAAGAAUUUCUUUGUUGGCUCAGUCCCUGAAGGUUGGGAGGGAGGUGACAAUUCCUUCACGGUGGACCUGACCGGCAACAGCCUCUGCGGCUGCUUUCCGGAGAAAUGGAAGACCGACCCUUCAUUGACGGUGAACGUGGACCCUGCGGUGACCGCGUCGGACUGCGCAACCGCGAACGUGUGCAAUGAGACGAGAAUGACCCCCAUCACGACGCCUCCGGCGCCUUCGCCUGCCUCGAGCAACGGCGAGGCCGUGGACAGCAGCAGCCGUAACUCUCACGAGGCGGGGUGUGAGGUCUUGUAUUGCGUCCAGUGCCAGGCGGGCAACACCACGCUCUGCGGUGAAUGCUCGCAAAGCUACCAACUGACAGCCAACUCGCAAUGUGCGCGCGGGGACGGUGCUGUGCGCGUCUCUUUGACGGCGGGUGGCCACCUGUGGUCCGCGCUGCUUUUCUCCGCCGCGCUGUGGAUGUGUUCCGCCUCGCUCUAG